UUUUCUCCAUUUUCAUCAAAUGAAACAGAAAAUCACACCGGGAGAGAGAGAGAGAGAGGAGAGUGAAUUCUCGCUUGAACGAAGGGAUCCGCUUUCUCUGCCAACUCGAAUCUCACCGUCUCUCUCGUCCCUCUCCGUCCGUCGUCGAUCCAUCGGACGGCAUCCUCCUCUCCUCUCUCAUCCUUCUCGUUCGUUCAGCUAUUCCUCGUAGCUUCAUGCUGGCGAAGCUUUUCUCUUUAAGCUGCUCGUUCAUGGUCGUCUGACAGCUGAAGCUCCCUCCUAUUGAAAGUCUAGGAUCACCGGUGGACCGAGCUCCCUCGACUUUCAGCGAAAGAUGGUUGCUUUUGGCAAAAAGUUGAAGGAAAGGCAAAUUCAAGAAUGGCAAGGAUAUUACAUCAACUAUAAAUUGAUGAAGAAGAAAGUAAGACAAUAUGCAGAACAAAUUGGAGUUGGAUCUGAAGAGAGGCGACAUGUUCUCAAGGAUUUUUCGAGAAUGCUGGAUAACCAGAUUGAGAAGAUUGUUCUGUUCCUUUUGGAACAACAAGGCCUCCUUGCAAGCAGGAUAGCCAAGCUUGGAGAGUGGCAAGAAGCGCUUCAGCAACAGCCUGAUAUUUCUCAGUUAGAUGAACUAAGAGAAGCUUAUAGAGAAGUGGGGCGGGACCUCCUGAAGCUUCUCUAUUUCGUGGAGUUGAAUGCAGUUGGUCUGCGGAAGAUACUGAAGAAGUUUGAUAAACGCUUAGGCUAUAAAUUUACUGACUACUAUGUCAAGACUCGUGCCAAUCACCCAUACUCACAGCUCCAACAAGUCUUCAAGCAUGUGGGGUUAGGGGCUGUUGUUGGAGCACUCUCUCGCAACCUUGUGGAAUUGCAGGACCGCCAGGGAAGUUACUUAUCAAUAUAUGACCAGCCUGCUCUUCCUCUCCAGGAUCCAAUCAUUAUAACAAUCAAAUCAGCCAUAGAUAGGUUGACUUACUCAACGAACUUCCUUCGUUUCAUGGCACAACAUGCACUCAUCAUGCAAGAUGAGCUACCGUCACCUAUUGAUGAUCAAGUUGAAGAUCAACAGUACCACUUUAUGUCACUACUGUUAAACCUGGUCAAUACAUUUCUCUAUAUGGUCAAUACGUACAUCAUCGUGCCCACAGCAGAUGACUAUGCCAUGAGUCUUGGAGCUGCAGCUACAGUGUGUGGUGUUGUGAUUGGAGCAAUGGCCGUUGCGCAAGUCUUCUCAUCAGUGUAUUUUAGUGCAUGGUCAAACAGAUCAUAUUUCAGGCCUCUUGUGUUUAGCAGUAUCGUUCUAUUCGCAGGAAAUGCCAUGUAUGCUCUGGCAUAUGAUUUCAACUCGAUAGCAAUCCUUCUGAUAGGCCGUCUCUUCUGUGGAUUGGGUUCUGCCAGAGCCGUUAAUAGACGGUAUAUUAGCGACUGUGUGCCUAUAAAAGUCCGUAUGCAGGCAUCGGCAGGUUUUGUUAGUGCCAGUGCUCUUGGGAUGGCCUGUGGUCCCGCUCUCGCUGGCUUACUUCAGUAUAAAUUUACAUUUUUCAAUCUUACAUUCAAUGAAGUGACUUUGCCUGGAUGGGUAAUGGCUGGAGCAUGGCUCGUAUACUUGGUAUGGCUUUGGGUCUCGUUCAAAGAACCUUCUCGUGAGAGUGAGGAAAAGCUCUACUCGACGGAGCCUAAAGUUGAAUCAUCAGAAAAUGAUUCCCUGGAGAAUGGCUUUAAACAACCGCUUCUAAUUAGCUCGGAGAAGAAGCAACAUGAAGAAGAUGGUGAUCAAGAGGGCGAUGGAAGUGAAGAAGGCCCUGAGGAUUCUCGACUACCUGCCACUUCAAUUGCAUCAGCAUAUAGGUUACUGACGCCUUCUGUAAAGGUCCAGUUGCUGAUAUACUUCAUGCUCAAAUAUGCAAUGGAGAUUUUACUCUCGGAAUCGAGUGUCAUUACCUCGUAUUAUUUUAGGUGGUCUACAAGUUCAGUGGCUGUUUUCCUUGCAUGCCUUGGCCUCACAGUUCUUCCAGUAAAUGUCGUAGUGGGGAGCUACAUUAGCAACAUGUUCGAGGACAGGCAAAUCUUACUUGCAUCGGAAAUUGUGGUCCUCAUAGGCAUUAUCUUCAGCUUCCACUUAUUUGUGCCAUACUCGGUUCCGCAGUAUGUCAUCUCCGGACUCAUUAUGUUUGUAUCUGCUGAAGUUCUUGAAGGUGUCAACUUAUCGUUGCUCUCGCGGGUGAUGUCUUCGAGGCUUUCACGGGGGACCUACAAUGGGGGAUUACUCUCAACGGAAGCCGGGACAAUUGCUCGGGUGAUUGCAGAUGCCACAAUCACACUUGCCGGGUACUUGGGUGAGAGUCGGCUUUUGAAUGUUACCCUCCUUCCGUCACUAUUCAUUUGCGUGUCCUCCAUCCUCGCCACUCUCUACACCUACAACUCCCUCUACUAGUUCUUCAUCUUCUUCUCCUAUUGUCUUUUCAUGUAGUACUUUUCCAUGUAUAGAUAUCACUGCAAUGUAAUAAACCGUGCUCAAUCAACAAGCAUCGUCUUCUCUAUCAGACUUUAUGGAUCUUCAGAGCCACAGUGCCUGCAGCAGGUUACUGAUUCUUGAUCGGUUGUGGGAAAUCUGUGGGUUCAGGUUUUCCUUAAUCA